CGGUUAGCCAAUGUAUAGGCGGGAGGCGGAGCUAGUAGAGGAGCGGGUUUUAAGGUGAAUUGAACCGGUAACGGAGACCGGGUUAUUACUCUGCCAGGACGAGCGCUGCCGGCGGCCAUGUCACUUGCCAAGGUGAAGGUGGAGAAGACAGAUCUGGAGGCGGCGAGCGCGCGCAGUCGUCUGGAUGCCGUCUUAAAGGGGCUGUUGGACCGGAGCGAGGCGGACAGGGAGCAGAUGGAAGAUGAAAGCGGAAAAGCAGCGACAGACGCCCAUAGCAAAGACUCUUCUCCAUCUGCUGCCGGAAAGCGGCAGUCUGUGCGCCCCUCUCACAAUCGCCGGAAGAAAAGAAAGGAGGAGGACGGAGUCUCAGAAGCGGCGCUCCCCAAAACCAACACUUUUGUCAUCCGCCUCUUUGAUCGGAGUGUGGACUUGGCGCAGUUUUCAGAAGAGACGGCCCUGUACCCCGUCUGCCGAGCCUGGCUCCGUAAUUCUCCAGGAACCAAACCCCCCGAGCCCCCUCCGACACCCCCGCCAUCCGGAGAGGGUGACAUAGUGAAUGGCAGUUCUCAGAAUAUCUAUCACCUGCCUCCGCCAUCCACCUGCCCAGUAACAGAAGCAGGACAACCGGUCAACCUGAGGAUCCCUUCACCCCUUCCCCGAGAAGAGGAGCCCCUCAAUAUCAACACGCCUGCAGAGAUGACCCCCAGCAUGUCAACGCUCAUCUACCAGAAUAUGAACCGCUGGAAAAAGAUCCGGCAGAGGUGGAAAGACGCGUCUUAUCGGAACCAGCAGCGCUACGCCCAGAGCAUGAAGGUCCUGAAAGAGAUGUACGAGCGGCAGUGAAGCGUCAGCUCCAGCUUUUCAUCUUCAGAUAAUUUUGUAUUCAGGUUCCUGUUCUGGGGUUUUUUGGUAUAAGGAUCCGGCGAGCGGAGGACGAGGAUAUGAGAUUAUCUGGAGUACCUGCUCCACAUCCGGGGGGGGGGGUUGUUUUUAGCAAUGGGCCUAGAUCACACAGCAGCAGCCACUGCACCUUUAAAGCAUUGUAUCAUCAUCCCCAUCAUCCUCUGCUCCAACAGCAUCAAGAACCCGGCAUGACUGGGCAGAUUGUGCCAUUCAGGAGUCUGGCGGACAACCUCACCCCCCCUUCUGAACCUGUAAAUUCAAGGGCUGAUAUUUAGAGACGCCCCCGUUCUCAGGAUCACCGGGGGUCCGAGCUUUUCUGCCCCCAGUGGUCACGCAUAAUAACACGUCUGCACAGGCAUGUCUGCUUUCUGCCAGCGCCGCCCCAGUCCGUGGGUUGUGCCCGGCGUUGCCGCUCAGCUUCAUCAGCUUCAUGGAAGUCGGUAGGAUUGAGCUGCAGUGCGCUACACAACCUGCGGACAGGUGUGGCGCUAUUUUUCAAACACGGCAGCAAUAUUUUUAUUUUAUUUUUAACCCUGUACACCCCUCAGUGGCUGUUGGCAGAUUUAGAAUUUUUUUAUUUCGUCUUUUUUCUUAUUUUUAUUUCCCACCACCGUUUUUAUUGUGUUGCGGUUAUUUUUGGGGUAAGAAACAAGUUUUAGGUAUUGACCCAUAAUCCUGGAUUUUUAAAACAUUUUAUGACCCGAAUGCGUCCCUGUCCCCCUGCCCGUUUCCUCUUUUUUAUUGGGAAAUGGUAUUUUAUGAAGGCCGGGUAUUCCUCUGGCAGCUUUUACACAUUUCCGCCUUGUAUGUGUCAUUGAUGAUAAAGUAGUGAAUACGACC